CAGCAGUGCUGUGCCCGUGCCACGACAGCUCGGGCAGCUCUUGUGCCUCUGGAUUUCUGGGGUUUGAUACUGGCUGAAUGCCAGCUUUCUGUGGGAGCAAAAGCACCUGGGAAGUGAUCUCUGUGAGACCAGGAGGUCUGGAGCCGGGACGUGGCACUGAUCCUGCCACCACAGUGUCUCAGAACAGCUCAGGGACAGCCGUGUCACCAUCUCCAUCCCACUCAGCCACCAGCCAGGGCACUCAGAGUGUGACUCUGGCUGGCCCUGCCUCGGGAAGGGUCCGUGCAGCUCCAUCCAGCCCCAUCACACCAACAACCCUAUCCAGUACCUCGGGAUCAACAUCUCCAUCAUCUGCAUCCAGCCCCAUCACACCAACAACUCCAUCCAGUACCUCGGGAUCAACACCUCCAUCAUCUGCAUCCAGCCCCAUCACACCAACUCCAUCCAAGACCUCCACAUCAACAUCUCCAUUGUCUCCAUCCAGCCCCACCACACCCACAACCCCAUCCAGUACCUCGGGAUCAACACCUCCAUCAUCUCCAUCCAGCCCCACCACAGCAACAACUCCACACAAUAUUUCGGAAUCAGCACCUCCAAUAUCUCCAUCCAACACCACCACAGCACCAACUCCACACAAUAUUUCAGAAUCAGCACCUCCAAUAUCUCCAUCCAACACCACCACAGCACCAUCUUCAGCCAGGACACCGGGAUCACCACCUGUGACACCCUCAUCCAGUGCCACCACGGCACCACCUCCAUCCCACACGAGUGUGUCCAGACCCCCAGAGCAUCCAUCCAGCUCAACCCCAGCGCCAGCCCCCUCCUCAGCCAGGCCCUCUGGGCCUGCUCCCAGCUCCCCCACCGUGAGCCCGGGUCCCAGCAGCAGCAGCACUGUCACCAGCAGCUCCAGGAGGACAGCAGCCCCUGGCAGCACGGCUGGCAGCUCCGAGCAGCAGCCCGCGGAGCUGAGCCCUGCCGUGGUUGCCCUGGUCUCGCUGGCCGUGUGCCUGCUGGUGGCGGGGGUGGCCGUGCUGCUGCCGCAGCUGUCCCGGCGCGGGACCCCCCCCUUCCAGCACCUGGAUGAGGUGCCCAUGGUGCGUGGGGGGCCGGGGGGGGAUUUGCGGGGGGCAGCAGGCCCGGGGUGCGGCCGCUCACCCCGCUCUCUUUCUCUUCUUCCCCAGAGCAGAGUGACGGAGGGGUCCCCUGUCCCCCCCCCCUCCGCCAGCUGACCCCCGGCUCAGCCCCCCGGGCUCCCCGCGCUCUGAAUAAAGAAUCCGCUGCCCUGCCUCUGCCUUCCCGUCUGCCAUGUGCUCUGCAGGGCGCCCGGGGAAAACCCCCGCUCCCGGGGGAAGCCCCAGCCCCUUUCGGGGUGCCCCGGGCCGGGCUGGCGGCCCCGGGGCG